ACGGGCCCCCACUCUCAGCCCUCUCUCUCUCUCUCUAUAUAUCAAUAAAUAAACCAAAGGUUCCCUAGACCUCUCUCUCAAACCAGAAGCCAAACUUGAUUUUCCUUAAAAAAAAAAUAUUGUUUUGAUCCUAAGAAAGCCAACCUGUUGGCCCGAAAUUUGAAGGAGAGGCAAAAAAAAAAAAAAUGUGUCCAUCGGAGAGAAGCUUAAGUCGGCCGGCGAAGACAAAAAGUUCAUCGACGGAGUUCAGGUCGGCGUUCGAGGUUCUGGACGUAGAUCGCGACGGGAAGAUCAGUAGAGAAGAUUUGAGGAUAUUUUACUCCGGUUUUUGUAGCGGGAACUCUGGGUUCGAUGACGACGAGAUGAUUGGGACAAUGAUUUCGUUGGCGGAUUCGAACAGCGAUGGGUUCGUGGAAUACGAGGAGUUCGAGCGUGUUUUAGGGUUGUCGAGAAACAAGGAGUCGGGUUUUGGGGUAAUGGAAGAUGUUUUUAAGGUAAUGGACAAAGACGGCGAUGGGAGACUGAGCCAUGAGGAUUUGAAAAGUUACAUGAAAUGGGCUGGCUUUUCUGCUUCCGAUGAAGAUAUUAAGGCAAUGAUCAGAUUAGGCGGCGGUGAUGAAAACGGUGUUUCUUUCGAUGGUUUGCUUAAGAUUUUGGCCCUUGAUUUUGCUACCUAAUAUUAUGUAUCAAGCUUGAUUUUGAGCAUUUUUGGACUCUUUUCCUUCUAUGUUUUACAUAAUGAAUCAAAUUAAUAAUAGUUGAAAAAAAUAGAAGUCUCUCUAAAAAAAGAAA